GGGGAGCCGCGGCUUCCGGCAUCUCCCCCGCCACUCCUGGCGUUCCCGGUGUCGGCCAGCUGGCUGCAUAGCUUCCUUGCUGGUGAUGGCAGCACCCGUCGCUAUGGAGACAGAUGAUGCUGGAAAUCGACUUCGGUUUCAGUUGGAGUUGGAAUUUGUGCAGUGUUUAGCCAACCCAAAUUACCUUAAUUUUCUUGCCCAAAGAGGUUACUUCAAAGACAAAGCUUUUGUUAAUUAUCUUAAGUACUUGCUUUACUGGAAAGAACCAGAAUAUGCCAAGUAUCUAAAACUUAACCCCAGGUACCCUCAGUGUUUACACAUGUUAGAACUGCUCCAGUACGAACACUUCCGUAAGGAGCUGGUGAAUGCUCAGUGUGCGAAAUUUAUUGACGAGCAGCAAAUUCUGCACUGGCAGCACUAUUCUCGGAAGCGCAUGCGCCUCCAGCAAGCCCUGGCGGAGCAGCAGCAGCACAACAACGCAUCGGGAAAGUGAACGGCUGGAUCCGGACCAGGCUCUUAAGACAUGUACCUAUUGCUUUUGUGCAGUGACGACAAAAAGACUCUUCCUGUGUACCUUUAUCGUGGUAGCACCGAGAACCGUUAGUGUGCUAUUUAAUUGAACUAACUUUUUCUUGUUAAUAGAUGAUUUCUGUUAAACCAGAA